GUGUGAAGAGAUUGUAGGCCUAAUUACUUCCUGGAUUUCGGAAUCCAGACGGGGGCUUUUUUGUUAUGGGCCUUUACAUGUCAGUUAAUGUACACAUUAAAAUGUGAUCCAGCUUCCGUUUGUCAUAUAUCACGCCCUUUUUUUUCCCCUUUCUUUAAUGUUUUCUGUUUUAGGGGGGCCUGAGGAAUACCUCAAAGUGUGGCUCAUGUCCAAAUCGCUGCUUUGAAUCGGAUCCCCAAUUUCUGGCAGUCUCCUAUGGAGAUUUUGUUUUGAAAUUUGUCAUACAUGUAUUUAACUGCCUUUUCUUCACAUGCUGCAUGUCGGCUAGAAUCUGGAUCGGGAGAAAUUGCAUGGUAAAGUGCAGAGUUAUUCAGAUUGCACUGUCAAGGUACGUGUUUGCCUUCAUUCAGAAAGACCGCCAAGCCGAGGCUCUGGUGGAGAAACUGUGUCAUCGCUUCCGAGCAACAAGGACCGACAGGCAGCCCCAGGACCUAGCCUUCUGCCUGAGCCUUCUCAACAUGAGCGAGAAGUGCGUGCGGCGCCUGCAGGAGAACCUGGCCUGCUACGCCGACAAGCUGCACGACGCCGAGGUCUACGCCUGCUUCGCCUCCAUCCUGUCCAAGGCCAAGAAGUUCUCCAAGCCCGAGACCAAGGUGAUGGUGGAGGACUUUGAGCAGAAGCUGGCCGAGUGCCACGACAAGGGAGUGGACGACGCGGCCGCGGCCGACAAGGCCAGCAAAGCAUCGGCCGCCGCCAAGGCCAGGGACAACGGUAGCCGUUCUGCCAAGAAAAGGAAUACCAAACGGCGUGGCCGUGGCAAGUCAUCCCUCGACAGUGAAGACGAGGAGGAAGAGGACAACCAGGCCACCACUACUCCAGCCCCAUCCUCGCGCAAGCCCAGCCACAGGGGCCGACAGACCACUGAGCAGAAGACCCAGGGGACAGCCGGGAAGGGGCGGCGGGUGAGGGCAGUGACCUUCUCUAGCGACGAGGAGGACAGCGACGAGCUGUUUGGGGCCGGCGAGAGAGAGAACAAAGCCAAAGAUUCGGCUUUUGAUCCGGCUGAGGAGAAGGGCAGCAGUGACACCGAGAACAGGGACCCUACCCCCACCCCGCGGGGCAAGGGCAAGACAAGGAAGUUGCACAACCCCAGGGGAACCCCCAAGGGAAGCCCCACCCCCUUGUCUCACCAGAAACAGGUUCAUGCUACGUAAACGUUACCAGGCAGUCCAGUGAAAACUGAUUGUUGUGAUGUUUUCGUUUUCGGAUAAUCAGUGACCUAUGGAAAGGGCAAAUUCCAGUCAGCAUUGGCAGUCUGAUAAUGACGUAAUUGUUGAUUCGAUAAAAUAAAUUGCUUUUGACUAAUAUUAUACGUGUAGUUUUUAUAGUUUGCUUUUUGUUUUAAAGGACAGGUUUAUCACUUUGUGAUCAGUUGAUAUUUAGAGCCUAUUUUAUUAGGCCAUUUGUACCUGCCUUAUUAGUCGCUUGUGUAGGCUGAUUUACCCCUAACUCCCUAGGAUGUAUGUAAACUCGGAGGAUUGAGGACUGUUAAGGGUUAGACAUUUGAGAUGGAUUAUCUCUUAUUCUCUCUGAAGGUUCAACGUGGCACCGUGCAUCCAAGAUAAAGGUCACAGUAUUCUUACUUGGGGCACAGGGACAGAACAGACAAAAUGUCAUUUGAGGCGAUAGUUUCAGGGAUUCAAGCGUGAAAAACAAGUACAUUACUCGUGCUUCGUAAUGACAGGUUUGUUUGGUCCCAGCUUUUCCCACAUGCUCCCCGAGGAGUUCGGAAAAAUCAUUUUUAAACCGUGCAAUCCUGUUCAAGGAGAGCAAGCA